GCCUGCGCUGACCGUGCGUGUUCCAUACGCGCGAACGCGGCAAAUUCAAAUUAUUCAAUUUUUAAUUUUGUUUUUUUUUUCUUGGAAGUGAACAACCGGUGGUGUUAGUUUUGUACAGUUCCGGACAAUUUUUUGGGCAUGCUGUAGAGAUGGGGACACCGAAUAUAAGAUCGCUGCUGCUAGCAGCAAUCGUUCUAUGUAAUUGCAUCACGUGGACAUCAUCUAGGCAUCACUACACACAUAAUGUAAAUGGUCACCGCAGUAGACACAGACGACAGGGCGCCGGACUGUUCCUGUCAGCGUCGUACGUCCUCCCGGGGGGCGAGGGCGGCGGGGCGUGGGGGGAGUGGGGCGCCGUGUCGCCCUGCUCCAGGACCUGUGGGGGAGGUGUGGCCAGCCAGAAGAGGAUAUGCUUGGAAAUAAGCCCUGACGGGCGGCCGCAGUGCACAGGUGGCGAUACAAAAUACUUCUCGUGUCAAACACAAGACUGCCCCGAGGGUUCCGGGGACUUCAGGGCCGAGCAAUGCGCGGCAUUCAACGAUAAGUUAUUCAGAAAUAACAGAUACAAUUGGGUGCCGUACACGAAAGCGAUGAACCCGUGCGAGUUGAACUGUAUGCCGGUGGGGGAGAGGUUCUACUAUCGACAGAAGGAUAAGGUGACGGACGGCACGCGCUGCAACGACGAGACCUUCGACGUCUGCGUUGACGGAACCUGUCAGCCAGUGGGGUGUGACAUGAUGCUGGGCUCUAACGCGCGGGAGGACAAGUGCCGACAGUGUCGCGGCAAUGGCACCAAUUGUCACACCACCAGCGGCGUCAUUGACAGACAGGACCUCAAGAAAGGAUACACCGACAUCUUGUUGAUACCUGAGGGCGCUACCAACAUCGUCAUAGGCGAAGUUAGAAACUCCGAUAACUAUUUAGCACUCAGAGGAAGGGAGAACAACCACUACUACCUAAACGGAGACUACCACAUCGACUUCCCGCGGACGUUGACGAUCGCCGGCUGCCUGUGGCACUACGAGCGCAGUCAGCUGGGCUUCGCGGCACCGGACAAGUUAAGAUGCCUUGGACCUACUAACGAAUCCCUUUACUUGUCUCUCCUGUUACAAAGUGAGAACGUGGGUGUUGAGUACGAGUACAGCGUGCCGUCCGCGCUGGCGCCUCCGCCGAACCAGCAGUACCAGUGGGUACAUGAGGAGUUCUCCGAGUGCAGCGAACCCUGUGGAGGAGGAUACCAAACGCGGCAGGUAUCGUGCCGGACGAGGGAUGACCUCGAGCCGGUAGAGGACGAGCUCUGCGACAGCAACUUCAAGCCCGCCACCAACCAGAGCUGCAACACGCAGGCCUGCGGGCCCCAGUGGGUGCAGGAGCCCUGGGGGCCCUGCUCCAAGCCCUGCGGAGAGGGGGGCACCAGAUCCCGAGAGGUCUACUGCCAGAUGAUCAUUACCAACGGAGAAACAUUUAGAUUUCCGACGAGGGUAGCUGACAAGGACUGCUUUGACGUGCACGGGCCGAAACCGGAACUGUAUCAGCAGUGCAAUCAGAACGAGACGUGCCCGACUUGGUUUACUGGACCCUGGAAACCGUGCGACAAGCUCUGCGGGGAAGGCAAGCAGCGGCGGCAGGUGGUUUGUCACCAGAAGAUCAACGGCCGAGUGACGGUGCACGACGACAGCGAGUGCGGCGACGAGAAGCCCGCCACGGAGCAGCCCUGCACCCUGCAUCCCUGUGAGGGACUCGACUGGGUCGUCAGUGACUGGACUGGGUGUGACACAUGUUUAUCCACGGUCCGCACUCGGUCGGCGUGGUGCGUGACGAAGGCGAACGAGCUGGUGAACUCGAGCCUGUGCGCCUACCACCCCGAGCCGGUCCUGCAGGAGGACUGCGACAAGACCAAACUCCCGGCAUGCGAAGUACAGUGGUACGCCACUCAAUGGAGCCCCUGUUCCAGCGACUGUGGAAAAGGAGUUAAAACAAGAAAAGUAUUUUGCGGUCUUUUCGAUGGAACGUCAGUGCUGAAAGUUAGCGAUGACCGCUGCGAUAAACUCCUGAAAUACAACGACACCGUGGAGUGUGAGCAGCCGAAAGAGAAAUGCCCGGCUAAGUGGUUCGCAGGGCCAUGGUCUGAGUGUACAAAGAAAUGUGGCGGCGGAGAACAGUUCCGGCACGUGGUUUGUAUGAGCGGUGGCAAGGAGUCCAUGAACUGCGAGGCGGAUAAUAUUCUCUUCAAAUCACAACCUUGCAACAUUGGACCUUGUGACCUGGACGAAAUGCUACCUGUUGAUUCAAAAUCGACAACUGUCAUGGACGAAGAAGAUUACGAUGAUUGUAUCGAGGGAGAAGAUGAGGACUAUGAAGAAGUUGGAGCAGAAGUAAUCGAUAAAGGAACAACAGCGUUCGAAGAUAUAAUGUUCAGUGACAGUCCGUCUACAAUUACAGAAGGGUCUGGUACUUCAGAAACUCUCGAUUUUACGUUGACAACUGAAACCGGAUCAGGAACUUCUGAAACAGAAAUAACGUUAGGUGAAACGACCGAAGGAUCUGGUGAAGAUUUGAGUACGCUAGUUACCGAAACAUCAGAAUCAAGUGAAUCUACUUUAACAGAUUCUAGCACGGAACCGACUAAUGCUACUGAUCUUACAACACAGACGUCAAAAUCUAGUGAAUCUACUACAGAUUCAGACACAGAAAAAACUGAGUCAACCGAAGCUGCUUCUACUGAAAUAGCAGUGGAAUCAAGUGGAUCCACGACCUCAGAUUCCAGUACAGAACUGUCUGGAUCUACACAAGAUGUAAGUACCGAGACAACGGAAUCAAGUGAAACCACAACAUCAGAUUCAAGCACAGAACCUUCCGGAACAACCGAAGAAAUUACUACCGAGACUACAGAUUCUAGUGAAUCCACAACAGAUUCAAGUACAGAGUCAACGGAAACAACCGAAGAAAUUACUACCGAGACUACAGAUUCCAGUGAAUCCACAACAGAUUCAAGUACACAGCCAACGGAAACAACCGAAGAAAUUACUACCGAGACUACAGAUUCUAGUGAAUCCACAACAGAUUCAAGUACAGAGCCAACGGAAACAACUCAAGAGGUUACUACUGAAACAACAAAUGAGACUGAAACCACAGUCACUGAAUCAGAGUCUAGUGAAACAACGACAGAAAUAUCAUCAAUUUCCACAGAUUCAAGCAUUUCAACAACAGAGUCAUCGGACGCUACAACUUCUAGUGAUGUAACUGAGGAAUCAACUGGUACGGAAUCAAGUGGCGCAUCUACUGAAGUCACUGAAACAGAAUCAAGUGAUAUAACAACAGAAAUAACAGAGUCUACCGUUGAGUCGAGUAGCGGAACAACAGAAUCUACGGAAGUAACAUCUGAAACAACUGAAAUUAGUGGAGCUUCAACAGAAGAGACAGAAACUACUGAAACUACUAGUGAGACAACAGAGGAAUCAGGUAUUACAUCAGAAACCUCUGAAUCCGGAAGCACCACUGAAUCAUCAACAACUGAAAACAUUAGCGAGGGCAGCACGACUACGGAAGAAACCGAAGCAACUUCUGAAGACACAACACCAUGGGAUUGGGAAACUACAUUCAUUACACCGAAGCGUUGCAAACCAAGAAAGAAAGCGAAGUGUAUCAAGAGCAAAUUCGGUUGCUGCCCUGAUAUGCGAACGCCUGCAGCUGGACCAUUUGAUGCAGGUUGUCCAAAUCCGAAAACGUGCAAGGAAUCUAAGUUUGGUUGCUGUCCUGACAGCGUUUCUCCCGCUAACGGACCUCGCGACAAGGGCUGUCCCAUCACACCAUGUAACGAGACGCUGUUCGGUUGCUGUACCUCCGACAACGUCACUGCGGCAGAGGGCAACGACCAGGAGGGAUGUCCUCCACCUCCACCCGCGUGUAUGUCGUCCAAAUUUGGUUGUUGCAGCGAUGAAGAAACUCCAGCCCAAGACGUGCACGGCAAAGGUUGCCCAGGAUACGAAACUACGAAGACAACAGUCAAAACUCCAUCGGCUACAGAGUCUGAAAAAGACUGUGCUAAGUCUCCCUACGGCUGUUGUUACGACAAUGAGACUGACGCAUCUGGACCAAACGGUGAAGGAUGUCCAUGCAGUAUUAGCCAAUACGGUUGCUGUCCGGACGGUGUUUCAACUGCUGCUGGUCCUGAAAUGGAAGGAUGCGUGAUGUCCUGCAACACGUCAGCUUACGGCUGCUGCUCCGACGGCGAGACGCCAGCCCACGGACCGGAUUACCAGGGUUGCUGUCUCCUGACGGCGUACGGUUGCUGCCCCGACAAUUACAAACCUGCUGAAGGACCAAAUCUUGAAGGUUGUGGUUGCCAAUAUGCUCACUAUGGUUGCUGCCCCGACAAAGUCACUAUCGCCCGAGGACCCAACAACGAGGGCUGCGGCUGCCAGUACACGCAGUUCGGAUGCUGUCCGGAUAGGCACACAGAAGCUACGGGUCCAAAUAUGGAAGGUUGCGGCUGCAACACGUAUCAGUUCGGGUGCUGCGCGGACGGGGAGACUCGCGCCACGGGCCCCGACCAGCAGGGCUGUCGGUGCGAGACCUCCAAGUUCGGGUGCUGCGGGGACGGAGUCACGGCCGCCCAGGGCCCCGACAAGCUCGGCUGCGACUGCUCCAACAGCAAGUACGGCUGCUGUCCCGACGGCGUCACCGAGGCGCAGGGCAAGAAGUUCCUCAACUGUACCGACAAACUUCAAAAUAGACAAGCUGCUUGCGCCCUGGCCUACGAUAAGGGAUCUUGUCGCAACUACACCGUGUACUGGUACUACGAUCGGAACUAUGGUGGUUGCUCUCGGUUCUGGUACAGCGGCUGUGAGGGCAACGAUAACAGAUUUAGCAGUCAGGAGGAGUGCGAAGAUAUUUGCGUGCACCCGCAUCCUAAAGACGCAUGCAACCUGCCCAUGGUGAAGGGCGCGUGUACCGGGUACAACGUCCACUGGUACUACGACGCGGAGCGCGAGCAGUGCUCGCAGUUCGUGUACGGCGGCUGCCUCGGCAACAACAACAAGUUCGACUCGCGGGACCUCUGCCAGAAGCAGUGCGAGCCCGAGAAGACUGAAGAUCAAUGCAAUCUGCCAAUUGAACGCGGACCUUGCGCGGGCAACUACCUGCGCUGGGGCUACGACGCCGAGAGCAAGAGUUGCAGAGAGUUCGUGUGGGGAGGCUGCGACGGCAACAACAAUAGAUUCAGUACCGAAGCGGCCUGCUUGCUACGCUGCAACCCGCCUGGUGUUCCGGAGGACGCAUGCAAGCUACCACAGGACGCGGGCAACUGCACGGAAAAGAUCCCGACUUGGUCGUUCAACCGGACCGAGAACCAAUGUGUGCCGUUCUACUACACCGGCUGUGGUGGAAAUGACAAUCGCUUUAUGUCGGAACAAGAGUGCACUGACUCUUGUCCGAGCUAUUUCGUACAAGACGUAUGCACCCUACCGGCUUUGACUGGCAACUGCGCUGAGUACACUCUAAGAUGGUUCUACGAUACCACCAAGAAAACGUGCCGUCAGUUCUACUACGGUGGGUGCGAAGGCAACGAAAACAACUUCCAGUCUAUGAGCGAGUGCGAGAACAGAUGUAUGGAGCAGCAAGUUACUACCACCACCGUGCGGCCCAUCCCGCCACAAAACCAAUACACUACAGAAUACUGCUACAUGGAUGCGGAUCCCGGUCCGUGCACAAUGUUCGAGAAACGAUGGGCGUACGACGAGCGGCUCGGCACCUGCUACCAGUUCGACUACGGCGGCUGCGGCGGCAACCAGAACAACUUCCCUACCCUCGAGUACUGCCAACACUACUGCAAUGCUAUCACGGAUAUCUGCCAACUGCCGAUGUCAGCGGGUCCGUGCAGCGAGGAGCACGAGCGGUGGUUCUACGACGCGGACAACGACAGGUGCAGCCGGUUCGUCUACGGCGGCUGCGAGGGCAACGACAAUAGGUUCAACUCACGGGAGGAGUGCGAGAAUCGAUGCAGGGGCGGUGCGCCGCCUACCACCGCCGUCUUCACCACCACUACACCCGCAUCGGAGGCAGUCAGCGCGGAGUGCCGCAUAUCCCCGACGCUGGAGCAGUGCGUGCGCGGCGGGCGCGUGUGGUACUACGCGGCGGAGCGGCGCAUGUGCGUGUCGCACGACAACGCCGAGUACGGCGCCUACUGCAGGCACACUGGCGUCUUCCCCUCCGAGGAGACCUGCGAGCGAGCCUGCGGGGCUUUCAAGGGUCUCGAGGUAUGCCGGUACACCCUGGACGCAGGAACAUGCAACUCCGCCAUCCCCAAGUUCUACUUCAACCAGGAGAGCGGCAGCUGCGAGCAGUUCACGUACGGUGGCUGCCACGGCGGACCCAACCGCUUCACCACACUGGAGGAGUGCCAACAGAUCUGUCAGCCUGAUCCCUGCGCGCAACCACUGGAGCCGGGCAACUGUUUGGAGAACAUCAUGCAGUGGUACUACGAGCAGUCUCGCGACGACUGCCAGCAGUUCCUCUACACCGGCUGCAGCGGCAACGACAACAGAUUCGAGACACGUGAGGAAUGUCUGGGUCGCUGCAGGAAGACUCCACCAGCACCUACUACCACAGUCUCUCCACCCAACGCGAUUUAUGAGGCGGAGUGUGAAAUGCCCGAGUCGCUGGUGCCGUGCGGCGAGAAUGUGACGAUAUUCUACUACGACCCGGCGGCGCGCAAGUGCGUGGAGGGCAACUUCGGCGGCUGUCGACACCCCAACAGCUACCGCACCGAGGAGGAGUGCGAGAGACGAUGCGGCGCGUUUAGAGGACUCGACGUGUGCGGUUCGCGGCUGGACCCUGGGCCGUGCAGCGAGUCCGUCCGCAAGGUGUACUGGGACGCGGCGGCGGGCCGCUGCGAGGUGUUCGCGUACGGCGGCUGCUUCGGCGGACCCAACCGCUUCUCCAACGAGGACGAGUGCGAGGAGGUCUGCGGCGGCGCAGGACCAGGCGAGCCCGAGGCGCCGUCAGUGGACCCGGCAACAGAGGAUCGCGUGAGCGGCGUGGUGGGAGGGCCGGUGACGCUGCGCUGUCUGUUCCACGGCAACCCGCCGCCCCGCAUCACCUGGCGCCGCGGAGAAAUCACGAUCGACGGCGACCAGGGCCGCUACCGGCUGCAGUCGGACGGCGCGCUGGAGAUAGUGUCGCUGUACCGCAACGACUCCGGCGUCUACAUCUGUAUCGGCGAGAACGAGCUCGGUCGCGCCCAGCAGGAGAUACAUCUCGAGGUUAACGACGAAUCGACAAACGAAAUCACGCCGCCGGACUGCCGCGCGUACGACGAGGAGUGUGCGUCGCUGCGGUGCGAGUACGGCAAGCAGAGGACGCGCACGGCGGGCGGCUGCGUGCGCUGCGAGUGCGUGCACACGGACGUCGACUGCGGCGCGCUGCGGGCGGAGUGCGACCGCCUGCAGUGUGCGUACGGCACCGAACGGAACGUCGAUGACGACGGUUGCGAAAGAUGCCGCUGCGCCGAUCCCCCCUGUGUGAACAAGGCGUGCGCGGCUGACGAGCGCUGCGUCACCAACGUCUACACGGACCCGAUCAGCAGCAAACGGAGAUUCUACGCCGAGUGCAGAAUCGCGAACAAGACCGGGUACUGUCCUCGCGAGGACGGGCGCGCGGCGGACAGCCAGUGUCAUCGGCAGUGCAACGACGACGCGGACUGCGUGGGCGUGGCCAAGUGCUGCGUGCGCGGCUGCAGCCAGCUGUGCCUCGAGCCCGUCGACACCACGCCCACCCCCCGCCCGCCCCUCACACCACCUAACCCCGACGAGCCGCAACCCCCGUCGCCGGACGUGGAAGGAACGGAGCCCGAGGUGACGGCGAGCGAGGGCGGCAAGGCGGCGCUGCGCUGCCUGUUCCACGGCAACCCGCCGCCCAAGAUCGCAUGGCGCAGGGGAGAAAUCACGAUCGACGGCAGCGUGGACCGCUACCGCGUGCUGUCGGACGGCACGCUAGAGAUAGUGUCGCUGUACCGCAACGACACCGGCGUCUACAUCUGUAUUGCGGAGAACGACCUCGGCCGCUCCGUGCAGGAGAUACGACUCGAAGUCAACGAUCCGGUGGAUAGCCCCGCGGGCAUCGCCGGCGUGCAGGACGAGGUGGUGGUCGGCGACACCGGCCGCCCCGUCACGAUACGGUGCCUCGCGUACGGCUACCCCAAACCGUCGAUAUUCUGGUACCGGGGCCACAACGGGCCGAUGGUGCCCUUCAGCAGCGCCCUCUACGAGGCCCGCGAAAACAACCUGCUCAUAAGACGGCUGAACGAGGACACGCUGGGAGAGUACAUAUGCCAGGCGUACAACGGCAUCGGCAAGCCGGCGGAGUGGGCGGUGUCCGUGCGGCUGGCGGCGACGACCGGCGAGCCCCUCCCCCCACCCCCACCGCGCCCCGUGCCGCAGCUCGUCCCGCCCCCCACCACGCCGCAAGUGCCCGUCUACACCGUGCCGGUGACGACGAGCAUAGCGGCGGGCAGCACGCGGCUGGUGGCGGGCGCGGAGAUCAACCUGCCGUGCGUCGUGGACGGCUACCCCGAGCCCGAGGUGCACUGGACCAAGGACGGAGUUACCCUCGCCACCAGUGACAGGAUCACCGUCACAGAGGCGCGGCUGACUGUGGCGCACGCCAACACGAACGACAGCGGCACGUACGGGUGCCACGCCGCCAACGCCUACUCCUCACACAACUCCUUCGUGCAGAUCACCGUCGAAGGUCUGUACAUACCGCCGACGUGCAAGGACAACCCGUACUUCGCAAACUGCCACCUCAUCGUCCGCAGCAAAUAUUGCCACCACAAGUAUUACUCGAGUUUCUGCUGCAAGUCGUGCGUAGAAGCGGGUCUGCUGGACCCAGCGCAGUUGGAGAUGCAGGCGGACGAGCCCUGGUGGAACAGAAAGUAGUUACCUCACAAGUCAUAACACGCUACAUGUUAUGUUACAGCUAGAAUCUAGAUAGGAGCAUAGUGUAGAUUUUUAAACGUCACAAAGUUCUCAAGUAAAUUACUAUUAAAAAAACGAGUGCCUUUAAGUAUGAAUAUAGAGUAUAUUGUGAAAUAUUAUGUAUGAAUCUUCCGAAAUUUAUAUUACUCUAAAUUGAUAAAGUGCCUUAAUAAUUUAGGAUGUUGUUUGAAUUAAAAUAAAACUUCACUGAAAGAGGACUCGGCUUCCGUCUAUGAAUUCCAGAAAAAUAAUGUUAAUUGAAUACAAUACUCAUAUAUUAAACGGUGCCAUAAAGUAGUUAUUUAUUAAUAUUAUGCUUUAAAAAUAUUGUUCAGUUAAUGUCAAAAAACCAACACUUUGAAAUAAAAAUAUUGUACAAUAAAUUGUUACUCAUACCUACAGACUUUUAAAAUUCAGUUGUAAAUAAAUAUUAAUUUUGAAAAACCGUCUGUUAUAGACGUCUGUGGCAGUUAUAGAUAAGUUAUUAUGAGGCUUUAGUGUUGUUUGAUGAGGCGUAGAUAGCUAGAAAUAAAUGUUUUGUCAGGACUUCAUAAAUUUAAUUAUAAAGGUUCAACGAUAUUACUGCUUAUAUAACAAGGUGCAAUUAAAUUAGAUUUAAGUCCUGGGAAUUUUAAAUUAUUUAUUUCAUAAGAUUUUUACCUAGAGUAAGUAAUUAUUGUAAUUUAUAAGAGUAGGUAGGUAUCGAAUAUUUGUGAGUCAAAAUAAUUUGUGUAAGUGAAUGUUUUAUAAAAUAUGUAAAUAUAUUGUCAAUCUCU